AAAGUAAGUGGAAGUAUAUAGAACAAGGGUCGAUAAUUAAUUGGAGAAAAUUCCGGCGACGAUUCCAUCGGGAAACCGGAACAAAUCAACAAUGUAUCUGCAGCUAAGCCAAGCUCCCGCCGGAGCUACCACUGCUUUAUCCACACAAACACUUCAUCCCCCAAAGUUUACCCAUCCCGUUCAUCCCCUUUUCUCCAAUCGCCGCCCUAAAUUCUUAUCUACAACCACUUCCACAUCGUUCUCCAACCACAGAACUGUAAUCGUCAAUGCCGACAUCACCAACAAAUCGAAACCCACCACUCCGUUCACUGAUUCUGAAGACCAACCCAUCUCCGUCGUUGGCCAAGAAAACGUUCCUCUCGAGGGCGUCAUUCAAUUUGAAAAACCCGAUACCAGUGCCCGUUUCAGGAAAUGGGGUCAUGUGGCUUUGCUUUCUGGUGGAGAUGUACUCGCCAUCCUUUUGUUCUCCGCAAUAGGGAGGCUUAGUCAUGGUUUCCCUGUUUUCGAUAGCGAAACUUUGCGAACUGCUGACCCUUUUAUGGCUGGGUGGUUUUUAAGCGCUUAUUUUCUUGGGGGAUAUGGAGACGAUGGCCGAGGGGUGAAUGGUAAGAGCAAUGCCAUUACUGCUGCUGUCAAGUCUUGGGCUUUGGGUGUUCCUUUGGGAAUAUUAGUAAGGGCCACAAGUAUAGGGCACAUCCCUCCAGCAAGAUUCAUUGCAGUUACAUUGGGUAGUACUGCUGUGUUACUUAUAGGGUGGAGAGCAAUAAUAUCAAACAUCUUAGCUGAUGAUAAGAGCAAGAAGAAUGAUGUCUACAAGCGUGGCAAUCCAUUUGAGCUAUUUGAGUUGCUGACGUCAUUGGUACGAAGAUGGUGACACAUGUAGUUAUCCUUCCUAUUCAAAUUCAUAUUGUAAUUAUUGGAAACUCUAAGGCAACAGGUUUACAAAAAUACUUUUAACAAGUAAUUUGUUUUCGUUCCUUUUCCUUGCCUGAUAUAACAAUUAAUUCUUACAACUAAUGAGUAUAGAUAUUGUGUAUUA